AUGACGCUUACGACGUCAACACCCCGAACGAGUGUGACGCCUUAUCUAGUGUUCCUCAUCUUCGUCACUACACUGGGACCCCUUCAGUUUGGCUAUCAUCUGGCUGAGCUCAAUGCCCCUCAAGAUGUCAUAACAUGUGAGAAGAAAAGUAUUACAUCUACGGGUCAAAUCGGUCCUUCGAAACUACCACAAUGUAUCCCAAUGAAUGCAUUUCAAUUUGGCGUCGUUUCUUCGAGUUACACGUUGGGUGGCCUCUUGGGAGCCCUCGUCUCCGGUCCCUUUGCGACCAAAUACGGUCGCCUGCUAACUAUCCGGGCUACAACGAUAUUCUUUAUUCUUGGCCCCCUCAUUGAAGCCCUUGCUCAUUCAAUGGAAUAUCUAAGCGUUGGGCGGCUGAUCUCUGGCAUUGGAGCAGGAGCCGUAAUCGUAGUUGGCCCGAUAUAUAUAGCGGAAGUUGUACAUCCCGAACAGAAGGGAUUUUUCGGCGCUUUUACACAAGUAAUGGCAAAUGUUGGAAUAUUAUUAUCCCAGACUCUGGGUUACUUCCUGAGCAGGGGCAGUCUAUGGCGUUUCAUUCUUGCAAUUGCCGGUGCUAUUGGAGCACUGCAACUCUUGGGUCUGCUUUUUGUUCCUGAGAGUCCCGCCUGGUUGGCGGAGCACCAACGGGCUGGCCAUGCCCGGCGCAUCCUUCAGCGUAUCCGUGGGAAAAAUGCAAAUAUCGAACCAGAAGUCAAAGCCUGGAGAAUAUCACCUGGCGGGACCAGUGACGGAACCUCAGAGCAAGAAUCCCUCCUCACUCCGCCGCCGGGCAAUCUUACCCCAAAGCGUCCCCCAGUUUCCAUGUUAGGGGCAGUCAGAAAUCCUACGUACCGCCCAGCCAUAAUCGCCGUCAUCGCCGUCAUGAUCACUCAACAGUUCACAGGAAUAAACAGCAUAAUCAUGUACAGCGUCUCGCUUCUCUCCAACAUCCUCCCCACCACCGCCGCAAUCCUUGCCGUCAUAGUCUCCGCUCUUAAUGUCAUAGUAACCCUCCUCUGCGCGCCACUAGCAGACAAACUGGGUCGCAAACCAUGCCUCUUACUCAGCAUCACAGGCAUGGGCCUUAACUCCAUGCUCCUGGCACUGGGGAUUGCAUUUAACUUCCAAGUCCUCUCCGCCACCGCAACACUGCUCUUUGUAGCAAGUUUCGCCGUCGGUCUCGGGCCUGUCCCAUUUAUUCUUGCCUCAGAACUCGUCGGCCCUGAGGCAGUGGGUGCAACACAGAGCUGGGCUUUAGCUGCCAACUGGACCGCUACGUUUGUCGUUGCUCAGUUUUUCCCCGCUCUUAAUGAGGCGAUGGGAGGGAAGGGGCGGGUUUAUUGGUUAUUUACUGCCUUGGCAGUAGUGCUGGGCUCAUUUCUAGCAUGGUGGGUUCCGGAGACGAAGGGGAAAUCUACCAUGGAGGAGGUUUGGGGUCGGGAGGAGAGGAGAGUUGAUUAA